AUGCGGUCGAUGAGCGAAAACGAGGACUUCAAUGAUGAAUGUUUGCGCGAACAUAAUCGAAUCCGAAAAAACCACAGUGUUAAGCCCCUACGCCACAGUCAUGCACUUGACCGAACAGCCCAAGAGUGGGCGGAAAAUUUAUUGAAAAAGGAAGUUGUUACAAAUAGUCCUUUAUCAAGCCGCGGCGAACUUGGUGAAAGUAUUAGUAAAAGGACAAGCACAAGCGAGGCAGUUGAUAUUUCUGCCGACCCAUUCGUUGCAGGAACGGAGGUUGUUGCUCAAUGGUACAAUGACAUAAACAGUUACAACUUCCAAACCGGGGCCGGUGCCGCAGGCAAUUUUACACAAAUGGUUUGGUCGCGCACUCGUGAAGUUGGUUUUGGAAAGGCAAGUGCAAGAGGACAGUGUGUCGUUGUUGCACAUUAUCGUCCUCCUGGAAAUAUUCGCGGUCGGUACCUUGAAAAUGUCUUUCCGCCGAUAUGUCCUGAACGAAUGCAACCGAAGCAAACGAAUACACGUUCAAAAGACGUCUGGAAACGUACUUAUACCGAACGGGAAGUUGACGCUGAUGGCAACCAGUUUGAUGUUAAGAAGGAAGUAUUUGAAACUAAGGAUAAAGACGGAAACAUACAUCGACGAGUUAUCAACAGUUACCAGAACUGUGAUCCCUUUUCUAUGAAGAUUCCGGAAAAUUCCACGACAUCCAACAUGGCAGAAAAGCUUUCCCAAUCAACUACAGCAACAGCAGUAAAACAUCCUCCUUUGGUAAAACAUGAGGAGUUUGUAAACGGCAUCGUGACAACCCAUAACCGGUACAGAUCAAAGCACGGAUCCCCUGAACUCGUCCUGAAUUCACGCCUUUCUACAAUGGCUCAAGAAUGGGCGGACUAUCUCGUUGACGAAAUUUGCCUUUCUAACAGUGGAUUUACAGUGGAUGGUAUGCGUCUUGGCGAAAACAUAAGCAGUCGAUGGUCGAGCGGAACCCUUGAAGAAAGCGCGAAGGACAUCGUAGACGACUGGUAUAAGGAAGCAACCAGAUUCAAAUACGGAACAGAACCAACAAGCAUUCAAGGCAUUGGAAACUUUACCCAGUUGAUUUGGGCUUCCUCGCGGGAGAUCGGUGUGGGGCGUGCAAUCCGGGUCGCCGGUUCGGAUCUCGCCGUGAGCAGUUCUUCAGCCGAAGGCCAUGAGAAUGCUGUCUCCUCGGCCAAAACCGUCGUUGUCUGCUUCUAUUUCCCGCCAGGCAAUAUAACAACAAUUUUCUGCGAGAAUGUCCCUCCACCCCUGUAUGACGCGGCCGCGGCGGCCUGUGAAGCGGUUUCGGAACCAGAGCGGACCUAA